UGUUUAAUUGAAUAUGUCGUAUGAAUCGCGAAACGUAUAGUCACUGAUCAAGAAAUAAAUCUACCCAUCGCCGGGCUCAGAAUGGGUAGACUGACAAGGACGGGCUGACUCCGAGGGAGAAAGGGGAGGGGAAUUGACAUUAAAGCAACACAACAAGGAAACUACACGGCAGACACAGACGCCUUCAUUUUAUGGUUUUGAAUAAUAGCUAGCUUGCUGGCUAUCUUGGCGAAUUGUAUUCAUUAAAAAGUGUCCAUAUCAUAUAUUCGAGUGCCCGAAAGAAAGCAACAGUCCCGGAACAGACAGACUUGCAAGUUAUAUCGCUCCCUGAAGAAAACGCGGAAUGGAAAUCCCCUAAACAUUCACAACUCUCGUAGUAUAUGGAUCUGAUCCAAACUCUGGUGGUUGCUGGUUGAAGUUGGUGCCACUCAGUGCAAGGAUCUCACCAUGGAUGUCCCCCGGCCAGGUUCCGAACCGCCCUCGUCCCCACAGCUGCUGGAGGAGGGAGGCGAGGAGGAGGACGAGGAGCUGAGCGGAGGAGAGGAGUCGGACCUGAGGGUCUCCUCGGGCCGCGGCUCCCUGCUGACCCGGCGAGGCAUCACCCUGAGGGUCCUCCUGAAGGAUGGCCUGGUGGAGCCCGGAGAUGGAGUGCUGUCUAUCCACUACCUGGGAAAGAAGUUUGUGGGAGAUCUGCUUUGUGACGGUAAGAUCCGCUGGGUGGAAACCGGGCAGAUCUUCAACUCUCCCAGUGCCUGGGCCACCCACUGCAAGAGGCUGGUCAACCCCGCCAAGAAGUCCGGCUGUGGGUGGGCAUCGGUGCGCUACCGCGGGCAGAAACUGGUGCAGUACAAGACCAGCUGGCUGCACAAGUACCAGCCCAGCGCUGAUUUGAAUCUGGCCAGCGAAGGAGAGGAUGAAGAUGAGGAUGAGGAAGAAGACCUCAGUCUGAUACAGAGGCGAGGAGACAGAGACAGAGUUCCUGUCAGAUACUGUAACCUGGGCAUGAGAGACGCAGCAAGGGAUCCCCACACAUUAGUGGAACUGUCUGCAUUCUCUGCCAUCAACAGAUUCCAGCCUUUUAACGUAGCUGUGUCCAGCAACGUGCUUUUACUCAUGGAUUUCCACUGCCAUCUGACCACCAGCGAGGUGGUGGGGUACUUAGGAGGACGAUGGGACACAAACACACAGUUGCUUACGGUCUUGAGGGCCUUUCCAUGUCGCACGCGAUUGGCCGACAGAGACGCUGCACCUGCUGUCGAGGAAGAGAUUUGUCAGAACCUGUUCAUGCGCGGGCUGUCUCUGGUGGGCUGGUACCACAGCCACCCGCGGGGCCCCGCCCUGCCCUCGCUGCAGGACAUCGACUCCCAGAUGGACCACCAGCUCAGGCUGCAGGGCAGCAGCAACGGCUUCCAGCCCUGCCUCGGCAUCAUCUGCGGCCCCUAUUACCAUGGAAACCAGGGUGUGGCUUCCACUAUUACCCCCUUCUGGGUGGUCCCACCUCCAGAGCAACGGCCCAAUGACUAUGGCAUUCCUGUAGCUGUGGAGGUGACCUACGUUCAAGAUAACUUCCUGACCAGCGACGUCCUCAAUGAAAUGAUGCUGCUGGUGGACUUCUACCGAGGGGCUCCUGACCUGGUGCAGUUCAGCCAGCACUGGAAUCCUGACGCCUCAGUCAUGGACAAAAUCAAGGGUUCUCUGAGCGGCCACGCACCCAAGGACCAGGCUUACGUUCAGAUCCUGGAGCACGUCUACAGCCAGCUGAGUGGCACCCACUAACCAGAGAUCACCCAGAGUAAGUGGCUGUGGGGGAGAGCGACUGUUUGGACACCCCGGCCCAGCUGCUCAAGGUCGUUCCUCAAAGCACCUCUGUUAGGCCAAGGGUGUGCCGUCUUCACUGGACAGGACCGUAGGACUACAGGGCUGUAGGCUUCCAUUUCUUCUCCACUUUUGCCUCUAGGACUGUUAGGUCUGUAUCACUGAUGAUGUUUUGUAGUUACAGUAUGUGAUGUGAAUGUAUAUUACAUUUUGGCGGACACGGCCUGCCGAUAAAGCGGAGUGGAUUGUGGGUCGGCGACGUGUUCCUCCGUAGGUUGGCACGGACUCAGAACCAGCUCCAUUCCAGAGUUGUGAGCUAUUCGUGUCCGGUUCCUCUCAGAAAGCUGUUAUUUAUCCGUUGUGUGUGUGUGUGUCUGAGUGUGUGGUAGGUCUGUGCCAUAUAAAAGCUGAAAAUGGGAACAAUGCCUUUAACCUGCUGAGUACCUGAAAAAUAAAUAUACACUGGAACAGUUCACCUCGA